AUGGAAAUUGACUCGAUAAUUAUUCAAAUUGAUGAACCUAACAUAGACAUCGCACAGCAACCACCACAACAAGAGGACGAUGUCGAAAGUGACGAGUAUGAUCAAGUCUUCCAAUCAACUGAAUUUUGUCGUUGGAGAAAAAACUCUCCUUAUCUGUACAAUAUGUUAUUUUACGAACUACUUCAAUGUCCAUCGCCAACGGUUCAAUGGCUUGACUAUCACACUGUGAAAGGUGAUCCAAAAUGUGAUUAUUAUCGACUGAUCAUUGGUACACAAGGCUUCGAUGAAUUCACCGGUGAACACGGUGGUUAUGAAAUGGGUGUUCGAGGCUCAAUACAUCCUUACGUACCAAUGUAUCAUGUUGGUGACGUAAAUAAAGCUCGUGCUAUGCCUCAAAAUACAUUCAAAAUUGCAAGCUUCUCGUCGACUAACGAUAUAUUCUUAUUUGACUAUAGUAAACAUCCAAGUAAAUUGAAUCCGGAUGGCAUUUCUCGACCACAAGCUAUCUUACGUGGACAUACAGAUGAAGGCUUUGCUUUAUCGUGGCAUCCGAUCCAGCAAGGUUUGCUAUUGACUGGUGCCCAAGAUGGAAAAAUGUGCUUGUGGAAUGUUGAAAAAAUGUCCACUACUCCCGUUCCAACCACACCGACCAAUGGAAUCGAAUGUAAUACAAUCCUUGACCCAGUUGAAACAUUCGAUUCCGAACGGAAACUUGUUGAUGCUAUUCAAUGGCACCCAAGUCAUCCAGCUGUUUUCGGUGCAGCAGCUGGUUCGGGUACUCUGCUCAUCACUGAUCUUCGUGCAUCCUCAGGUAGUGCCUCGCUCGUAGAAUCAUUAUUUCCAUCACCAACGUCAUCCUCGAAAACUCUUCAAUUUCGUGUCAAAGUUCAUUCAGCUGAUUGCAAUUGUCUUGCAUUUCAUCCAAUUAAUGAAUAUGCUCUACUAACUGGUUCUGACGAUACAACAAUUGCUCUAUGGGAUAUGAGAAAUCUUUCCAAAGAAGUUCGACGUUUUGAUCAACGUCAUCGAGAUGGUAUACUUCAAGUUGCAUGGAGUCCAUUAGCACCAAGUGUAUUUGCAUCCAGUAGUGCUGAUCAACAUGUCUGUGUCUGGGAUUUGAAAUCGCCUGAUGGAGUUAUUUUUGAUCAUAAAGGACAUGAUUCACGUAUACCUGAUAUAAGUUGGCAUCCAACGCGACCGAUGAUUGCAUCAGUUGCUGAAGAUUCAUCAUUUCAAAUCUGGGAAGCAAGUGUCGUCGAGAAUCUUAUCAAUAAUGUUUAG